UUUCUCUCCUUUUUUGCAUUUUUCUCACGCAUUUUUUUUUCCCAACUGUACCCAUCAUGGCACGAAGAAAAAGCGCUUCCAGUACAGAUUCAAGUUCUUCUUCUUCUUCUUCCUCUCCCGAUCAUGAACAGUUACCAGAGGAAACGGAAGAACGCAUGAAGAGAAUGAAGAAGGAACCUAUCCAUCUGGUGUCGUCCGAUAUGAAGGAACAUUAUAAAGAACAUGAAUUUGCAGUGAGAGGAAGCAGGGGAAAGACAUAUAAUGUCACUAUUGGACCCAAAUUGAAUUGCACUUGUCGUGAUCAUAAUGUGAGAGGCACUCAUUGUAAACAUAUUCUGUACGCACUGAAAGAAGAAAUGGGCGUCAAGAAUGAGGAUUCGCCUUUGUACGAAACAUUAACACCCUCUGAUAAGGAGUUGAAAGAAGCGUUUAAGCAUUAUCAUCCAAAGAACUGAACAUGCUUUCUUGUGUUGGAUACUACUGUAACUGCAUCACUAUGUAUAUUAUCUCGACUCUUCGCUUUUUGAUAAAUAAAGAGGAUCUUG